AUGAUUGUCGGUGGAAUAUUCAUGAGUCGAGUCACUAUCAAUACUUCCAACAAAACAAUUUAUCUCUAUUCUAUCCUGAUAGGAAUAGGAGUAGGAAUGAUCUUUCAAAUAGCCUACGAUAUUGGCAUGAGUAAAGUAUCAUCGAUGGGUGCACAGGGUAUCACAGCUACUGAAGAAUCAGGCGCCGAUGAACAAAAACUUAUAGCGUAUAUAAAUGUCGCACAAGUAGGCUGUGCGGGUAUUGCACUUAGGAUUGCGGGAUGCAUAUACCAAAAUUUGGGAGUGAAGAAGCUUCAAGAAGUUUUUGGAGAUGGGGUUCCGAUGGAGAUUAUGAGGGAAGCCUUGGGUGGGUUAAAAAGUGAGGGGAUGGGAGAUAUGGGCACUUUCGAUGAGGAUAUUAUGAAGAGUGCGUUAAGUGCAUUAGUCACGACUGUAGGUAAUGUUUACUGGCUGGUUGUUGUAGCGGGUGUGGUGUGUGCAAUUUGUGGUCUGAGUAUGAAGUGA